GCUAGGUGCAUCCAGUCUCAUCUUCCUGCGCCUCUUUUAUGGUUGACAGUUGAGUUCUCGCAUAACUUCGAGAUAUAUGGAACAUCGUCAUCUAUUGGAGGAUAUACUUGCUGGAAGAAGGAAUCCGACGAAUCUACAACUUCCAAUUUUGAAGAUCAUCACAGACAACUUCUCUAAAGAGCGAGAAAUCGGCCAUGGUGGAUUCGCAAAGGUUUAUAAGGGUGUACUCCCAAAUGGAAAUCUCGCUGUGAAGAGGAUUGACAACAAACAUACAAUUGACGAGAAGCUAUUUUAUUGUGAAGUUAAUAGUCUUUUGACGAUUAGCCAUCCAAAUAUAGUCCGGUUUCUUGGCUUCUGUGCUAGUACAGACCAGAUAGCCGUAAAAGUGGUCGGAAAAAGACACCAUAUUUAUGCCGAAAUAAGAGAAAGAUUACUCUGCUUCGAGUAUAUCGGCAACGGAAACUUGCGAAAGCAUAUUACAGAUGAACUGAGGGGACUUAAUUGGAGUACACGUUACCGCAUCAUAAAAGGAAUUUGUGAUGGUCUACAUUAUCUGCACGUAGAAAAGCGUAUAUUUCAUAUGGAUCUGAAACCUGCCAACAUUCUACUAAAUAGUGAUAUGGUGCCAAAGAUUACAGACUUUGGUCUAUCAAGAUUUGAUGACAAGUCACAAACAAUGGCUGCAGACCGUUGUGGAACAGUAGGAUAUUGCGCUCCGGAAUUCCUACUUCAUGGCAAGAUGUCAUUUAAAUCGGACAUAUAUAGUCUGGGCAUUAUAAUCACUGAAUUGGUGACAGGAGAGAAGAGUAUUCCUGAUAACAACAAAAAUAAUGUACUUAGAAGAUGGAGGCACAGAUGGAGAAAAACAGGAAUAAUGGGAACUCCACUGGAUUACCAGCAAAUAACUAAAUGCAUCGAUAUAGGGCUUCUCUGCCAGGACAAUGACCCUUGCAACCGGCCAUCUAUAUGCGAGAUAGUGCAUGAUAUCAACGAAAUGGAGCGCACUAAUUCACAAAUCAGGGAUGACAAUGAAUCUACAGCUGGUCAGCUGUGGAAGCCCCUGGCAAAGCCACUGAAUCGGCACUGGAUAGAGCACACGAUCACCGAGCUCAAGCUUCUUCACGAUGCAACCGCUCCAAAAAGGAAUGAGCAAGCCACCUGAGUUGCUUUUGAGUGGCCUUGAUGUGUCAGCCGAUCGUCCUGGUAGUGUUGGUUAUCUUAGCUAGCCGCAACAUGUAAGGUUAACUCUAUGUGUGUCGA